AUGGCUGUGGCGGCGAUCCCACGCAGGUGGCAGAGUGGAGAGCCCCGCGCGCUUGGCCGGGCGGUGAGGCUGCUGCAGCGCCUGCAGGAGCAAUGCGGGGACCUCCGGCUCGCCUCGAGUCCCCCCUCGCUAAGGAACUUGCUGCCCCGCACCGCGAAGUUACUUCGAGAGGUGGCCCACGCCCGGCAGGCGGGCGGUGGAGGCGGCCACGAGGGUCCCGGGGGUGCCAGAGACUUUCUCAUCGUCUACCUCGCCAACCUGGAGGCCAAGAGCAGGCAGGUUGCGACGCUCCUGCCACCACGAGGCCAAAAGAGUACCAACGACGAGCUCUUCCGGGAGGGCUCCAUACACAGGCGACAGCUGGCCAAGCUGGCCCUUAUCUUCAGCCACAUGUGUGCGGAGCUGAGCGCGCUCUUUCCUGAGGGAAAGUAUUGUGGGCACACGUAUCGGGUCACCACGACCGCAGCCCACAGCUUCUGGAGGGAGCACUGUGGAGCCCGGUGUGUGCUGCCCUGGGCUGAGUUUGAGUCCCUCCUGUGCACCUGCCACCCCAUGGAAUCAGGCCCCACAACCUUCGCCUUGCGCUCCACCAUCGACCUCACCUUCAGUGGUCACGUGUCCAUCUUCGAAUUUGACAUCUUCACCAGGCUCUUCCAGCCCUGGCCAACACUCCUCAAGAACUGGCAGUUUCUGGCGGUCAACCACCCGGGCUACAUGGCCUUCCUCACGUACGACGAGGUCCAGGCACGUCUGCAGGCCUGCAGGGACAAGCCAGGCAGCUACAUCUUCCGACCCAGCUGCACCCGCCUGGGCCAGUGGGCCAUCGGAUACGUGACCUCAGACGGCAGCAUCGUGCAGACCAUCCCUCAAAACCAACCCUUGUUCCAGGCGCUCCUGGAAGGACAAAAGGAAGGCUUCUACCUCUACCCAGAUGGGAAGAACCACAACCCGGACCUGACUGAACUCUUCCACCCGGAACCCCAUCAGCGCAUCCAAGUGUCAGAGGAGCAGCUGCAGCUGUACUGGGACAUGGACUCCACGUUUGAGCUCUGUAAGAUCUGCGCCGAGGGCAACAAGGACGUGAAGAUCAAGCCGUGCGGGCACCUGCUGUGCAGCCGCUGCCUGGACACCUGGCAGCGCUCAGACAGCCAGACCUGCCCCUUCUGCCGCAGCGAGAUCCAGGGCCAAGAGGUCGUGAGCAUCCAUCAGUUCCCAGGGAGGCCAGCGGAAGCCAGAGCCGCUGCUGAGGACCCAGGGAAGAUCAAUGACUGGGCAGAUGAAGAGGAGGAGAUGGGGCAGGUGACCCCCUCAGCGCCCCCAUUGCCCCCUCACCUAGACCUGCCCCCUGGUCCUCCCAGAAGUAAAGGCCAGCUGACGGUGGCGCCUCCAACCGUGCCCAAACUCCGGGCCCCUCUUCUUCUGCCAAAAAUUAGGACUGUGUCCUUGGUCCCAUGGGAAGCCACCUCCAGCCCGCAGGCCAGGGAGGGAGCCACAGAGGCACCACGUUGCGCUGCUGGGAGCCCCAGGGGCUGGAAGGAGUUUGUGAAGCAGAAAUAAACUGCCGGGCCUUCUGGGUGUGGAGAAAGAAUGCAGCGACCACUAGGGGGCAGCUUGGCACCAGGAACUUGGGGGCCCUGAGCCCUGAGCCCCACCUCGAUUCACCGGGGAUUCUGAAACCAGAGGGACAGGAAUGGGGGGACCCAGCCCCCCUGGAUCCAGGAGUCCAGGCCCCCAGCCUCUCCUCCUCAGACCCCGGAGUCCAGAGUCCCAAGUUCUCAGAGAAUCGGACAGCCAACCUUCUUACCCCAUUAUAGAAAAAAAAAAUUCCUGCGCCCAGACAUCCAAGUUCUAAGUCCCCCCAGUCAAAAAGACCCCACACUUCCUUGAGGGUUGUGUCCACAGUCUUGCCACAUCUGCUCUCUUCUCUCUCACUCUUUAUUCUUCCCUGGAAUCCUUUUCCAAGAGUAAAAGUGGCCUCCGGUCCAAAUCAA